AUGUGUUUAGAGCGCCUACUCAAGUCAAUGUCCUGGAGUCGAGUCGACAAAAAGAAACCGAUUAGAGUAAGGACGGGUAAAAAUGCAAUUGGCGAAAAAAACGUCCAUGCACUUUAUGAAAAUGCUAAUAUUUCGCGGUUUUCAGUAUCCAGGCCGUAGAAGGCUUCCGCUCACCGAAAACGAGGAGAUCCCGACGGAAGAUGAGCAACUAGUCGAGUCGCCCGCCAACCACAUCACCGUUCUCCACAAAGGCGAUGAGAAACGCAUUCCGAUCUCGUAUGCCGAAGAGGACUCCAGACGCGGAGCUCGGAAAGAUGCGGCGCUCAGAAAAGUCGUGUUUCGCAUAACGAGUUUGUCGCUGCAGCUGAGCAGCCAUCAACACGAGGAAGGCAAACUCAGGCAGCGAUGGGUACGGGCUCCAAAUCUCAGCGAUGAAGAAAAGGUAACUUUUUAAGCCAUUUUGAAGCUGCUACAGUGACGGACCUGAUCGAGUGGCUGACGUAUAGCAUUUUGCAUCUGGGAAGUAUCUUAAAAUGUGGCAAAAUGCAUCCCUCUCCAAGUGAAAAAACUUCGAUUUCAAAAGCGCGCCCGCUCUUUUUGUGAGGGAAAGGAUGCCCCUUCAAAACAGAGUUUUUUUAGUUGAAGAAGGAGGCAUUUUGCAACAUUUUUUGAUACUUCCCGGAUGCAAAAUGGUACGUUUUUUGCCACUGAAUAAGGUCCGCCAGUGUACCUACCCAGAGGACUUUAAAAUUUAACGUCGAAGAUUCAUUUUGACGUCGCCUUUUUAUUUAUAAUUCUAUUAUAAAAAUCCGCAUUUGUUCUCCUUGCCGUAUCAUUUUUUCCUGUCCUUUUUGCCCAGAUGCCCUCUUUUUAUACAGUACGGACCUGAUCCAGUGGCAAAGAACAUACCGUCUUAAAAAGUAGCAAAAUACCUCCUCACGUCAAUCCAAAAUAGAGCAAAAAAUUUCCCGCCCCUAUUGGUGAUUCGUUCAAAACGAAAUGUCACUAUCCGAUAAAAAGCAUUUUUUUUAUCUUUCUUCUUUCUUUUCGAGAAAAAGCAAUUAUUUCGGGCGAGAAAAAGUGCCGAUAAUUUCGCGACAUUUCGUCUUUCUUUUAAAUCAAUGAAAACGAUACGAAAUUUCGAAACGGUUCAGGAAAUGCGCUGGAUUGACGUGCUCCUUCUCCAACUAAAAAAAACUCCGGUAUGAAGAGCGCGUUUUUUUCGAACUUGAAGAAGGAGGUAUCACUAUACUUUCCUCAUCACACAUAACGCCUAAUUUUUUCUUUAUUCCAGUUCAAAAAGUGCCAACAACGGAUUCAGGAGACUGCGGAGAAGGUCCGGGAGGCCAAAGAUCUAUUCCGGCGAUUGCAUGGUGAUGAUUAUGACAGGAUGUUUGAAGAAUAUCUCUAUGAGUAG